AAAGAAAAAUAUAUGGAAGUUGUACUGAAAUCGUGAUGGCGUGCAUGCAUGUACUGUUAGAACGUUAAUUGCAGAGAGGCUAACUAUGGAGAAAGCUAUCUCUCUUUCAAUUACAUGUAUCAAACAUGAGUCCAACAUUACCAAUGAUAAUAUUGUGCACUUCACCACCCAGACAAAUAAAUCACAAACAUCUCAAGGAUGUAAAGAAUCUAAUAUAUCACAACCUUCAAAGAUGGAAUUUUCAAUAAAGAAGGAAGGAAAUAUAGGUCAUGUGACAUCAUCACCAUCUCUAGGUGACAGACUAGUUGCUAUAAAGCACAUGGAAGAUGAACAGAUGAGAAAGCAAGUGAAAUGUCAGAUGGAUAAUACUGAACCAGAAAUGUUAGAUGAAGAAGCAAUUACUGAAAAUACUAUAAGCAAUUCUGAAAAUGGUGAAUGUUUUGAAAGAAGCAAUGAUUUCUACAAUCAGAUAGCAUCAAGGACAAACACUGAUGCUAAUCCAGAGACAGAUGCAGAGAAAUAUGUAAAAGAGGGUCUUACCAUAAUAAAGUUGGAGGAUCUCAUGCAUGUUAAAACAGAGAACUGUUUUGAUUAUAAUUUAAAUAGACAAACUACAGGGAUGGAUAAUACAAAUUCUAUGAUAUCCUCACCAACUCUCAGUGAUGGAAUUGUUUCUAUAAAGCACACAGCAGGUGGACAAAAGACAAAGCAAGGAGGAUUUCAGAUGGAUCUUACUCUACCAGGAAUGUUAGGAGAAAAGGAAAUUAAGUCUGAAAAUAGUAUUGGUGAGUCUGAAAUUGAUGAAUGUUUUGAAAGAAACAAAGAUUUUAAAAAUCAGAAAGAGUCAAGGACAAACACUGUUGCCAAUACAGAAGGAUAUGCAGAAAAAGAUUUAAAAGAACGAUUUACCAUUAUAAAGUGGAAGGAGCCAAUGCAUGAUAAUAAAAAAGAGAACUGUUUUGAUGACAAGAUAAACGGACAAACCACAGGAAUGGAUAAUCCAAAUUCUAUGAUAUCCUUACCCUCUCUUGGUGAUGAAGUUGUUACUAUAAAACACAAGACAGAUGAACAGGAGAAAAGGGUAGAAAAAUAUCUAGGUCAGAUGUAUAAUACUCAGCAGGGAGUGUUAGAGGAAAAGGGGAUAAAGUCUGAAAAUAGUAUUAGUGAUUCUGAAAGAGGUGAAUGUUUUGAAAGAAGCAUUGUUUUCUAUAAUCAGAAAGAGUCAAGGGAAAACAAUGAUGUAAAUUCAGAGACAGCUGUAGAGAAAAAUCUACAAGAAGGUUUUACCAUAAUAAAGUGGGAGGGAUGCAGGUAUGAUAAAACAGAAAAAGACAAUUUCAUAAAACCAACCACAGGGAUAGAUGAUACAAAUUCUGUGAACAUGGACACCAAUAAUGACUCAAAUUUAACAGUUGUAAAACAUAGCUCACUCAAAGCAAAAGAUCCACAGAUCAAAGAUAAUGGUCAGAAAAGACUUCCCGCAUCUUGUAUAUUAUCAGGAAAACAACCCGUUGUGGUGUUGAAGAGAUUAAAAAUGAAAGGUGUCACUUAUAACUGUAAUUAUUCUGAUACUACAGGAAAAAAUCCAUGUGAUAAGUUUAGCAGCAAAGGAAAAACGGACAGGAGAGAAGAUGAAGAAAUAUUUAUUGAAGCAUCAGAACAGGGAAUGUUCUUAAGACAUAAUUCUGACACUGAAGCACCUUCUGCCGAGACAAGCUCUUCUGUGAAGGAGGAAAUUGAAGACGCAGGGACAGACCAGUGUGAGUUUGACCUUAGUCAAGAAAUGAAAGAUGAUAUCCAAAGUGCCAUUCAAACCAACAUCGAAGCAAUGGUGAUUUCUAAUCAGACUAGUAAUGGUGAAGGAUUCUCCUAUGUUUAUCCAUUUGCUUGUGGACAGUGCAAUUACACUGCAAAAUUACAGCAUCAUUUGAAAAACCACAUGAAGAUACAUUCAACUGAGCGCCCCUUUGUAUGUGAGAUUUGUGGAAAAGGGUUUAAGCAUGCUCAUCACUUAAAUGGACACAAGCGAACUCACUCGGGUGAGCGCCCUUACUCAUGUGAGGAAUGUGGACGAGAUUUCACUCAGAUAAGCAAUUUACUCCGACACCAGAAAACGCAUCAAGGACUUCCAGAAUCUCCACGCCAUAAAUGCUUAAAAUGUGACACGAGUUUCUCCACCGCAUAUUCACUAAAACGUCAUCAAGACGUACACGAAAAUUUAAAAGAGAAAGUUAAAACUAUGAAGAACCAUAAAGGCAAGAAGAAGAAAUGUACGUAUAAUCCUCGCAUUGAUGAUACAAGGAGAGAGUUCGAGUGCGAUGUUUGUGGGCGUCGGUUCCGCAGGAAGGAACAUGUGAUGCGACACAUGUUGACACACACCGGGGAGUCUGCCGUGCACAUUUAUUCAUGUGAAGUAUGUGAAAAAAAAUGUGGUAGCAAGCGGGCUCUUGAAAAUCAUCUUAAAGUCCACACAGGGGAUGAUAUUGAGAUUCAUUCCCAGCCUUCAUCGGAUGAAUCGGAUUCUGAGGAAGAAUUUGAAUGUGCCUAAUUUACCUAAAAGUGUUAUGUGAUAAAAAUAUAAGUAAUUUAUGUAUAGAUGUUGAAUACAUGCAUAUUAGGCAAUUUUUUUUAAGGUUUUAAGUAUCAGCAAUUUAUUAGUAAUUGUUGGAUUCAUUUAAUGUGUACAAAAUAUUAUCAAAGGUAAUCAAGUACAAACUGUGCAUGUGUUUUGGGUUUUUUUCCAUGGAGAGUUUGAUUUUUUGUAUUUUGAUGUUGCCAUUUCUUAAUUCUUUUGUCAUUCUUUGAUAGUCAUCUGACCAGAUACAAUAUAAUGAUCAUUAUAUUGGAAAGGGCUUUGAUAUUAUUGUUUAUGUUAAAAUAAAUUUCAGCUUUUAAGUGAAUCACCUAUAGUUAUUG